CUUGACAGACUCCAGCUUAUAAAUACCCCAACACGGCGAAUCCUCAAAUGUAGCAGCCUCGCACCUAUACUAGCGAACCACAUCAGCAGAUCGACAACCAGGAACCAGGAAACAGGAGCCAGCAAACCUUAAUUUUUCCUACAUGGCGAUGAAGCGCAGGUUGUCCCCCACCCACAGAGGCUGACCUCGCCUCGGACGACCACCACCAGCCCGACACCGCCAGCGUCACAAUGGCGACAGGGUCCGAACCAUGGGCGGCGACGGUCGGCGCCGUGGCGGCUGCACAGCGGGCUCGGAAGCGCUUCGUGGGCGUGCGGCAGCGGCCGUCCGGGCGGUGGGUGGCCGAGAUCAAGGACACCAUCCAGAAGAUCCGGGUGUGGCUCGGCACCUUCGACACCGCUGAGGAGGCGGCCCGCGCCUACGACGAGGCCGCGUGCCUCCUCCGCGGCGCCAACACCCGCACCAACUUCUGGCCCAGCACAGCCACCUCGGACGGCGGGGCAGGGUUGACGGAGAACCAUGGCCACCUCCACCACCACACGCCGCCGCCAUCGGCUCUCCCCUCCAAGGUCACCAACCUCCUCCGCCGCCGCCUCAAGAGAGCGCGCAGCAUCAGCGACGAACACCACAUCAGUGCAAGUGCCACUGCACAAGAAGCACUUGGGCAGCAGCAGCAGCGGCAAGAGCAAGAACAAGAGGAGUACGGUGCCAGCAGCUUCCAAGUCGACGACUUCUUCAGCUACGACUCCAACGUCGACGAGCAUGGCGUCGUGAAAUACGAGGAGGACUCCCCCCACUGCUCUCGACACGCGGAGGAUGAAGAAGACGAUGUGUCCGAGGAGGAGGAAGCGCCUUUGGACUUUGGGUUCAUGGACGCGCAUCCGCCUCCACCCGGGCACGUCGGCGACGCGGGGCUUUUCUCACCGUUCGAGAUGAUGGCGGCGGUGGAGGGGGAGACAGAGACGACGGAGUACGGCGGCGGCGGCGGCGAGAACUCGGCGGCAAUCCACGAGGUGACGAAGAGAAUGAAGUACGAACGGAAGAUCUCUGCCUCGCUCUACGCGCUCAGCGGCGUGUCCGAGUGCCUUCGCCUGCGCCUAGGCAACUCCGGCGCCGGCGGUCACGAGCUGGCGCUCUCCGGUCUGAGGGAUGCGUGCAUGAAGAAGCGGCAGGAACAAAAUCAAGAAGCAGUGGUAGAUCGCGUUGAGGGCCGGGGCCACGAGGAAAGCUCAAGCAGCAACAGCAGCUCGUCGUCCGACGUAGCGAGCUGUCCGCCGGAGGCGGGGACGAUCUCGUCGCCGAGCGCCGAUGACGUCGACAGCGACGUGGUGAUGUGGAGCUCCCUUCAUCUGGCUCCCAUCUGCUUCAUGUCAUGAUUUCUUCCCCACAAAUUAAUUCCUGAAAAUUUCCCAUGUGUUUUUAAGCGUUGCACUCCGUGAUGAUUUAAAAUCACUACGAAUGGUAUUUCUUAAUAUUUUUUCCACGUGACUGAACAGUUUAGCAUUUGCUGCCCGAGCCCUAAAAUCUUGUGAAAGCCAAACUGGAAAACUGUCACUUCUGAAAUGAGAAAGGGCUGUCAAUUUGACAGUCGAUUGGUUCCCAGUUCGGUGUUAAUUAACAA